AUGGCGGGCGUUAAUCAUGCGCCAGUCUCCAUGGCUGCUUCCGACAUGCAGAAUCGCAAACGCAAUGUGACCAUGGCGGGGAUCGACAGCUCACCGGGGAGUAUUGACGAGGCGGAGGAUAUCGACGGUCGUGAUGACAAGAGGCGCCAACCCGUGAAGCGUGCCUGUAAUGAAUGUCGACAACAAAAGCUCCGUUGCGAUGUUGUCCAAGAUCCGUGGGUUGAUUGUUCUCGAUGCCGUCGGCUGAAACUGGACUGCAAAAUCGAGUCGAAUUUCAAGCGGGUUGGGAAACGUAGCCGCAAUGCCGAGAUGGAACGCGAGAUUAUCGAAUUGAGAAAACAAAUCUUGACCAACCCUUCUUCGACACCACUUCCCCAGCAACCUAUACCGGCAGGCCAAUUGACGCCCAAGCAGGAGUCCAGCCAAGUCAGCCCCGCUGGCGAAGCCGUAGCAUCGCUACUUGACCUGCGAUCAGGAUUUGAUGGAUCGAACUAUAUGCGGAAUGGAAGCCAACAAUUCAAGCGACUCGAAGAUGUUAUGAUCGCUCCAGAGAAAGUAACGGAGCUGUUCAACAUGUUCUUCACCUACAGCCAUCCUUUUUUACCGUUCUUAGACCGACAGCAAUCCCCGGACGAUUACUAUGCUGCUUCACCUUUGCUGUUUUGGACGAUUAUUAGUGUUGGUGCUAGGCGAUAUCAGGGUGACACUGGCUUGUUGAACUCUCUUGCAGGUCCUGUCACUCGCCUGGUAUGGAGCACUCUAGCAGACAUUCCUCAAAGCUAUCAUGUUGUUAAGGCGCUCUGUUUGCUAUGCUCGUGGCCAUUUCCCACGAGCAGUACGUCCACUGAUCCGACAUUUAUGCUUUGCGGAAUGAUGAUCCAGGUUGCCAUGCAGCUUGGACUUCAUCGGCCAUCCCACAGCCAAGACUUCAGCAAAUUCCGUGUGGAACUUAUUGAAGAUGAGCUUAGAGAUAAAGUACGCACGUGGGCCAUUUGUAACAUAGUUGCACAAAGAGUUUCUACUGGAUACGGUCAACCACCGUCAACAAUCUACGACUGGACAUUAUCCUCGAAUGAUUCCUCGGACCCCAACUUCAAACUACCCGGGGAAAUCCGAUCUAGGUUGGAGAUCGAGGAAUUCUGCGAUAAGAUCACCAGAGCACUAUAUACAAACCGACGUGAUCCCGUCGGUCUGACUAGCGAUCGGGAGAGAAGCACCUUGCUUUCGUUCCUUUCGCGGGAUUUUGACGAACUUGAAGAACACUUCAAAGGACAAAACGAUUGUAUCACCGAUCUAUUUCUUCGUGCUUCAAAUCUUCAUCUCCAUCUGUCAGCGUUCUUGGAUGACCCUUCCGCGAAAGAUUACCGGGAGCGUCUCCUUUCGCUUUACGUUGCAACCACAUCAUUCCUUGAGGUGGCAAUGAAGCUUGAGACUGAAGUUGGACCAGUUCUAUCCUAUACCCCAUACUACGUUUACCAAAUGAUGGUCGCUGCCGGCUGCACUCUUCUCAAAUUGAGCAAGAGCUUCUUUGCCGCCCACAUUGACAUGGAAUACACGAAAAGUCUAUUUAACCGCACCAUUUGGGCUGUUCGCGGUGUAUCUGUAUCAAGCAAUGACCUGCCAGAACGUCUUGCCGAGGUUCUGGCCCAGAUGUGGAGAUUGAGUGGUGCCCCCCAGAUAACAAGCGGAUCCGACGUGGAUGAUUCUCUGAGACUGAAGGUUCGCUGCCGAAUGAGCAUGUCUCUACUCUUCGACUCUGUCUGGCGAUGGCGAGAGGAUGCCAGAACCAAGGGUCGAAACAUUGAAGCCUAUCUCAAAAACCCGACCAACCCCGAUUCAGCAGCCGAUUCAUCCGCAACGUCAUCCGUCGGCCCUCUACACACAUCUACAUCCACGCCUGGUAUAUCCGGUGGCGAUCCAAGCCUUGCACCAGCACCAAUAAUCCCAGCCAACCUGGGGGUUCAGGCGCCAGGUACUGGCGUUGGCGGACUUCCUAGCGGAUUCAUGGAACCGAACUACGAGGUUUUCGACCCGCUUAACUGGCUGCUCGACGGCCUGGUCGACUUGCCUUACUCAUACUCCGCUAUGGGCGGAAUGGAGCCACAGGGCAUUGCAUAA